AUGGGGCUCUCCGACCUGGCCUCUGUCGUCGCCCGUCCACCCUACCGCGGAGAGCCGACCCAAGGCCAGCCAGCAUACAUGUUUCGUCCUCCGGCGCCUACGGUCUCUUUCGUGACCACAGCCUGCCAGCCCACUUCUCCUUUGCCGGUCUCACCAACGACGUCCUGCGUCCUUUGCUGCAAGAUAAAGCCAACACAACAAGUUCUUCCCACUCGAGCAGUGCCUUUCCUCCGCCUUCCGAAGCGAAAGGCGUCCGAAUUUGACGAAGCCGAAGACUCUGAAAGCGGACACCCGGAUCCCCCCAAUAUCCUCAGGGCUAUCGCCAAGAGGUUCGUCGUCUCGAGAUCUACACCCGAUGCCUUUCAUGAGCGAUUUGACACAGGCCUGACGUGUUGUAUCGGGGAUUCGCUCGCUAGAAAGGAAUCGGCAACACGGCCGUCUGGCAAAGAGAACGCCCGGGGUUGGUCGAAACGGCGUCGUGUUGGCUCGUCGCCCGAAGAUGAGCUUGGCGGCACUAUCUUUUUCGAAAUUCGUAAGGACAACAGCGCGUGUACGAUCGACAUUAACGAGGCACGCUGGCAGCAGGCAUUACUCGAGUAUAUCGAGAAUGAUGAUAAGGAAAACACACAGCCUGGGGACGGCGUCGUCCAGACAUCCGACUAUAUGGCGUACAGUGGCUGGGGGCGCUGCAGGACCACCAAGAAAACAUGGGCCACGACGCCGCGCAGCCCGCUUGUCGAUAUCACCCCUGCGGAUAGACAACGAGAGCGUGAUUGCGGUGCUACGGGUCGUCGAUACCAUCCGUCGGCGUGGCUAGCGAAGACCUCAUGCCGCCGCUGCCGCCAUGGGGCUCCGCUUGUGUGUGCCUGCUGGUACCGCAGGACAUUGGCCGCGACGCAGCACCGCCCACUCGCCAGUAACUUCGUCGCGGAUGGACAAAGAAAGCGUGAUUGCGGUGCUACGGUACAGGGCCGACGAAAUACCUCUCAUGAAGAUACCACCCGUACCGCAACUGCAGGUGUCGACGGCCAGGAAGAACCUCGUGGCGCCAACGACGCUAUCAUAAGUGCCCAGGCACGAUUGAUAGUGUCGAAUGGAAGACUGGCACUAACGCUAAAGGCCAAAGGUCCGCGAUCCUACAACUUAGAUGUAACCUCAUCAACUUACACACCACACCUAGCCAUGAAGUGGAAGAGCCGCCACCACCCACGCGCCUUGGCGGAAGGUCUACGUGCUACAGCCAAGCACAUAUAUCCCCACCGUACAUUAAGCCGGCUUGCCGACUGCCUCCGACGUCUUGCCCGGUGCUUGGCCGCUAAGCCCGAGGACGACGACAGCCAGAUAUCUUCCAUACGGCGCGCCGUAAGGCCUCAAUGGAAGAUUGGCCGCGAAGCCGCGCCGCCCGCUCAACGAUAUCUUCGUCGCGGUUCGACGACCGGAGCCUGAUUGUGGCGCUGCAGCACAGAGCCGACUACGAAGUGGCUCCCUUCGACGCACAGCCGUACCGUGCCUGGGCGUCC